AAAUCCGGCUGCCGUACUUGCAAGAUCCGACGGCUUAAAUGCGACAAGGGCCGGCCAGGUUGCCGGCGAUGCCUCUCCACCGGCCGUGUGUGCGACGGCUACGGCGUCUGGGGAGAGGGACUUGUUGUUACGCCCGGCAAUCUCCAGAAGCAGACCCUGCAUGAUCUGUCGGCGCGGUCUCGAGUCGGUCCGAGGAAUGGUCUGGAGCGAGAGAGCUUUGACUGGUUUCGACAUCGAGCGAGCGUCAAGCUGUGCGGUGUUUUUAGUUCAAGAUUCUGGGACACCUUGGUCCUUCAGGCUAGUAUGACAGCUCCCGCAGUCCUUCAUGCAUUGCUGGCCUUGGGUUCUGCUCACAGGUUGGAGGUCAUGAGAUCAUGUCCACAAAAAGAGACGAGCAGCGAAUCUUGUGAACAGCAGGAACGGUUCACUUUGGAGCAGUACAACAAGGCCAUUGCCUCUCUUCGACCCCAUUUCGAAAAGCCAGGGCGCAACCCCUCGUCGACUCGAAUGGUUCUCAUAACUUGUGCUAUUUUUGUCUGCUUGGAGUUGCUUCGAGAGAGAUACAUGGAGGGCCAGACCCAUCUCGAGAACGGACUGAAUCUCCUCAGCCAGCUCCAGGCCGACCUCCAACCUGCGGGGACACAAGGCCUUAUCAUGCUAGGCCACCCUCAAGAAUCCGUCAACGAUAGCUACCUGGCCGAGGCCUUCUCCCGCCUCUAUGCCCAAUCAUCACUCUUUGGACGUGUCCCAGGUGGAUGUUGCAGGUCAAAGUCAUACGCUAUCGCUACUGUCCUCGCGGACUCUACCAUCCAGGCCCCGCCUCCCCUGUUUAGCUCCAUGAGCCAAGCAAGGCAGCAUCUCGAUGGGCUCUUCAAUGCUAUCCACUGUCUCACGGUACAGUGUCCACGCGACCGCACAGCCCGAGAGGCCUCGAGCGAGCUACUUGAUACACAAAGUCGCAUCCUAACUGGUCUUCGACUCUGGCAACGUGCUUACAAAGUCUCCCGGCUCAACCUGACGUCGCAGCUCAAUGUCCGAGAUGCGCUAUCCUACCCACUCUUGAGCGUCUAUCACACCAUGGCCGUCAUCAUGGUGACGACUUGCCUCGCUCCGCCAGACGAGUCAAUAUUCGACUCUUUCGAAGAGUCUUUUAUCUCUGUGGUAUCCGCCAGCGAAGUCCUCUUGGAGGAGGCGAUCGCGACCAUUGCGGCAGACAAGGCGGAAGGAUACUGCUCAGGAGGAUUCAGCUUCACAGCUGACAUCGGACUGAUACCGCCACUGUACUAUACCGCUCUCAAGUGUCGUGUUCCCGCUUUAAGGCGUCGGGCCAUCAAAAUGCUCGAGACUGCUACGCACAAGGAAAGCAUAUGGAACGGGGCUGUCGCGGCGCGGAUUGCGCGUGAAGUGGUUACGAUAGAGGAA